CUAGACCAAGUUUUGGGGAACAAACAUAACGGCAAAGCAGCAAGCAUGGGCGAAGCACCAAGUUGGCAGCAUAUGUGGGGUGCACGCGUGAAGAUGCCAUGUGAUAUGGAGGACGAUGUGCUGGAAGACGUGAUCAAAAGCGUGACCCAGCGACUGGGCCAGUUCGACACUGAAGAAUGGGAGAAGAAGGGGUUGCAGGUGUGCGAUGAUAUUCGAGACCAUCUUGACAAGCGAUGGGACCCGCACUGGGUGGUGUGCAUCGGCCGCAACUUUGGCUCGUAUGUGACGCACGUGACGCGGCAUUUUGUGUACUUCUACUACAACGAAAAAGCCAUCCUCGUGUACAAAGCCGGGUAGUUCGGACGUUCAACUGUGUAUGUACCGGUACAACAAGGAGUACCAUAUAACUGAGAUAAAUUGUCUUGUAUAUCUACG